GCUGGUUCGCUACGGCCGCCAUCACCAUCCGUCCCAUCCUAUAGUAAACUCCGAAGCAGCAGUCCCCAAUCUGUCUCCAUGUGUGUUAGUUAGGACCGUGUUUUACCGGUGCUUGCUACUCGAAGCUGGUAGUAACACCGACAUUUCUGCCUAGUCCGCUCUCUGCGAUGCCCUAGCAUCAGCUUCAUCCCGACACCGUCGUCGCGGCUCUCUUCCCUUGUUCCUUUCUUCUCUGUCCGUCUUCUCUUCCCGCUAUUCUUUACCCACCACCUCGGUGUGUCUUGUCUCGUCGGCUCGUCCAAGUGUGCUCCGCUUUCUUGUGCGUGCGAGGGAACGCGUGUAUACGCGAAUGAAAAGAAUCGGCCGAGAAGAAGGAGAAGGCGGCGACGGAGGCGGCGGAGGCGGAGGAGAAGCAGGGAAAAGAAGAGGAGCAGCGUAUCGCUUUCUGCACGGCCCGUUUCCAAGGAUAUAACCGGUGUGCGACCGUCUUCUUCCUCCCUUUUUCGACUCGCUCGUUCUUCCCUUCUUUUAUCCAGCCGGGUUUCCACGACAGUGUGUAUAGUGUGAUUUGUUGGGUAGCCGCCAGUGCAUCGUAUAAUAGCUUCCUUCGAUAUACGCCACGCCGAGAUCCUUCGCCAGUUCAUCAGACAAGACAACGGUAGAUAGUGAAAGAGAGAGAGAGAGGGAGAGAGAGAGAGAAACCAUCGCAGAGAAGCCUUUGUGCGAGACCGCCUUAGCUCGAGAGCAACGAUGGCGAGUUGACCACACGCAAUAAAAACAGAAAGAAGAGUUACCCUUUAUGUCCACCAAGAGUCCACGAAGGGUCCUCGCAGUUGUCCUCGUGAUUCGCUAAAUCUUCAUCUCCGAGAGCCGAUCUCCUAACGAGCCCGAGACGCGUCCCACCCGAACGGUCCUCUCGAAUUAUCGUCGCGGAGUCGUCACUUGUCGGACGAGGGGAAUGAAGGAACGGACGGACCAUCCGUGGACCUCAGCGCUGCCGCCCGCUGGAAUUCCUCCUGUCGUAGUCUGCACAUAACCUCUCUCUUUCUCUCGUCCCAGCUCGGUCGUCUCCUAUGCCCCUCGCUCUCUCUCCUCUCCGCCUCUCUCGCACUUCAACCCUGUUAUCAUUCUGUCUCUCCUUCUCCCUGUCCGUCGGCCACCGACACUUGGCUCGCUCUCCUCUAUUUCGCAUCGAAGAAGAAACGUGAUCAACAUUCCCGUGUUUCGUUGAACUCGACGUGCGCGCAAGUGACACGUUUGAUGCUGGUCCGGGAUCUGGAGCCGAUCUGCGGCGAUCGAGGGACACGGUGAUACACGGAAUAUCUGCGACCGAUCUCUCUGUCUCGUUCAUAUCUGCGACCAAACGAACGCAAACGGGGGCUAACGAUGAACCGUCAAACGAUGAACCGCCGAACACUGGAACGUCCGCGAAUCUGAGGAACCUUGGUCCGGUCGGUCGCGAGAAAAAAGGAACGCGCGUUUCUCUCGUUCGGAUACGAUCGAAGCGAUCUAGCGGAUCUUUUCGGAGAUUUUUUUACUUCUGUCGCGGCCACCGCCGGCGCCCGUCGCUUCCUAAUUACGGCAUCACGCUGGACGAACUCUUGAGCGGGAUCGACGGAGACGUGUCGCAGGCUGCUGGAACAUUUCACCUGACGGAUCAGCUCUACAGACGCAACAAUUACCUCGGGGAGCACACUGGUCCGUGCUCAAGUGAAUAUGAACAUGACUCUCGUCCGAAAUACAUUCAAAGGUUGCAGCGAGGACGAGGCAGCAGGUGUCGUGAACGCGGAGGUGGGCGGAGGUUGCGCGGCCGGGGCGCCAACCACAGGAAGUGCCGCUGGAGGUGGUAGCGGGCCAGGUAGCGAGGCUGUCAGUGGUAGUGGCGUCGGCGGUGGUGGUGGCGGUGGUGUGGGAACGGGAGCCGGUGGACGCGGGAGCGGCGGCGAGGGUGGAUCGACGAAACAGGGUGGCGAGAGGUGUCCCCAGUGUGGCAUCCUCUGUCGGGACGUCCACGUUCUUCAGCUCCAUCUCGAGGGCACGCACAAGACCACCUACGCCAUCGACAAGAACGAUCUCAACGCUCAGUUCCCCCAAGUGUCCUGCAAGGUGUGCAGCAAGACCUUUGCAAACGUCUACCGACUCCACAGGCACAUGAUCAGCCAUGAUGAGAGUGCCGUGCUUCGUAAGUUUAAGUGUCCCAAUUGCGAGAAAGCCUUCAAGUUUAAGCAUCACCUCAAGGAGCACCUCCGCAUCCACAGCGGUGAAAAGCCAUUCCAAUGCAACAAUUGCGGCAAACGUUUCUCUCACUCUGGCUCGUACUCGAGCCACAUGACGUCGAAGAAGUGCUUGAUCGUGAACCUGAAAAAGUCGAGACACGCGAACGUGACGAGUGUCGAUCGGGGCCCGAAAAAAGCGCAACAGCCUCUCCCUCCGGGACGGCGCGAGGUCGACCUGCUUGCUGCGAAUAAUAACACUUUCCUCCCCAUCCUACCGAAGCUAUCGCCCUCCGAUUAUCAAGAGAUUCAACGAGAAGGAUCAGCUAUCUACGACAUGCCGACUCUUCUGCCUCAAAUGAUGGGCUUUGGCAGCUACUUCCUCCAAACGUCCCUGGGCAAAAUCCUAAAUCAGCUACAUUCCAAGAGAUUGGACGAAGUAGCCGAGCAAUUCGAGUCUCAUCGAGAACUCAUGAGCCCGUCGACGGCGGACUCUGAGGGCACUGAGGGCACGGAAGGCACGGAGGGCAAGGAAUCCCCAGCACCAACCGAUUCCCAGGGUUUGGAUGCGGUUCGGCGGAUCUUGGAGACUGUGAACACCUCUGUGACGAAACAGCUGCUGGAGGCGAACGUGCGGAAACUGUCGACUUCACCGGCCACUAUGAAGCGGGAGUUCGAGGACGAUUAUCAAGAUCAAGACAGUGAAAUGUCCAGCGAGAUGGCUCACUAUCCGGACUGGUCGGCGACGGAUCAAUAUGAUUCCCAGAGCGAAGGUUUAGCGGCGAAGCUCGAGGACGUAAAUCAGCCGAGCGCGAAAUCGAGCUGCAAGAGGAAAGCCGAAGACAGCUCGGAAGCGGACUCCGAGGACGAGGAGGAUGCCACGCAGACACACAACGACAAUGGUAGAAGGGUGAGGGCCAGGUCGUUGAUAGACGACGAGCAAUUGGCCGUCCUGAAGGGUUACUACGCCAUUAAUCCUCGGCCUAAGAAGGAGGAGAUCAUCAUGAUCGCAAAUUACAUCAACUUCCCCACUCGUGUCGUGCAGGUCUGGUUUCAAAAUUCCCGGGCGAGGGAUCGACGGGAGUCGAAAAUCCCAGCCUUGGUACCGCUGACUAAUCCAGCCAGUCAGACUGUCAUCGAGCAACCUCUGGAUCUAUCGAAGAAGGAAGCGCUCACGGUGUCCGCGUACAAGGAGAAGAAUGACACCAGUUGGGUCAAGGUCCCGACUUCCUCACCUAGCGAGCCGAAGACCGAAAACCCUCCGGCACCUAAUCCGGACGCGGACGACCUUGAGGACUCUCCUCUCGUUAUAGACGAAGAGACCACCGACUCCGUGGAAGCAAAACGCACGGCUGCUCCACCUCCUGUUGGAGAACCAAUUCCGAAGACUCAACCUCAAGCAACCGUGAAGAUCGAGAACGAAAAUGCGAGUCAAUCGGAGGCGACGCCAGCAGCUGAGGUAGAGCAGGGUGUCUUCUUUUGUGAUCGGUGCGACAAGACAUUCUCCAAACACAGUUCCCUAGCGAGACACAAAUACGAACAUUCCGGGCAAAGGCCGUACAAAUGCGCAGAGUGCACAAGGGCGUUCAAGCACAAGCACCAUCUGACCGAACACAAGCGACUGCACAGCGGCGAAAAGCCUUUCCAGUGCUCCAAGUGCCUAAAGCGCUUCUCUCACUCCGGCUCCUACAGCCAGCAUAUGAACCACCGUUACUCUUUCUGCAAACCGUAUAGAGAAUAGGGCGCGACCUCGAAGAAGAAGAAGAAGAAGAAGAAGCCAGACGAGUAAUCGAGACGAAGACUCUUCGUGGGUUGUAAGUUAAGUAUGCGUACGGUCCUCUUCGUUCCCGACACGGAACUCGGCAUUUAAUUUCGAAGCAGAGAAAGAAGCAAACGAACAAACAAAGCACACACGUAUACCUCGCGUUUAUCACGCGUGAACAUGAUUAAUAAGGGAUUGGGGUGGGUGGGGUGGGGGGGAUUGAUAUGAAGAAGUCGUGAUUAAGAGAUACCGAAGAUGUGGACUGCGUGAAACGCAGCUGAGAGUCGAUUUAGCUAAUAGAUAGACGAAGAGCUAAAGAGAUAUUGGAUCACGGACGGAUAACGAUAUGGCCUCAAAGAUGGCGGUCGAUGAUAGCGGCUCGAGGCGUUCUUCAGGCGUCCUUCAGCCGCGGGAUCGCCCGUGAGUCUUGCAGGAUUCUUCAAAGAAAUGUUUGACCUUGUUUCGCAGAGGACAAACGCUGUUAUACUGAAAAUCAGAUGAAGGAUCCGCGCAUGGACCUCGGGCCGACGAGUAUGAAAACCAAACAAUACGCAACGGUACCAAAAAUGCAUAAUGCAAUAAUCUAUUAUAUAUUAUAUAUAAUAUACAUAAUAUUUUAGUAUUUUUAUUAACAAGAUUAUUAUAUAUACCAUGACAAUAAUAAGGAAACUAAUUAACGUACAAAUUUGUUAGCCACGUUCGCAACACGGGGCACGCGAUAGUCAGUCGCGACGAGCAAAAUGGCGAAGGGAUGCUGGGGGGUCCGUUUUCGAGGAGGUCGCACGUGUGUAAUCGACGACAUUCCUUUAAUUAAAAGCUCUCUAGGUGUCUCAGUAAUGAAAUUUCUUUUGCAGUUGAUGGAAGAGAAAAAAAUUUAUGCGAAUUUGUGUAGUUUAUUCUUCAGCUUGUUUGCAGCCAGGCAAUUUCUGUUUGUUCAUUGAUUAGUGCUGCAGCUGAGCUGAAGAUUAAAAAGGGUAGAUGUUUCUUUCAGUGAUCCAAAGAUUCAAAAUAAAAAUCAUUCAUAGUGAUCGAAAGAUUCAAAAUAAAAAUCAUUCAUAGUGAUCGAAAGAUUUAAAAUAAAAAUCAUUCAUAGAAAUCCAAAGUCCAAAGCUGAGAUAAAUGUCUCCAUUUGUGGCCUGCUAUUUGCAUCGGGCCAACUGUUGAGCAUUAAAAAUGAUCUGCACUGAUCUAUAAAGGGAAGGCUACAUUUGUUCAGGUUUCGUGUAAUCUUUUUAAUAUCAAUCAAUUUUUACGAAAGUUUGUUUUAAUUUGAUUUGAAUAUUGGACCAGAUAUCAUUUUUAUUACAAAUUCUCUAGCAAUAGACUAUGGAUGUUGGUGUACAAUAAAUAUAGUAAGAUACAGAAAUUGGAUAAGAA